ACUGCAAGCGCCACUGUCGGUUAGCUGUCAAGAAAUGUCCGAUUUGUUGUGAAAUUUUUUAGCUGAAUUACAAUGCAAAUUCUUGGGUUUUGUAGGAAGUUAGCUUAUUCUCAGCUACACAGAUUCACAGUGCGGAGUCUAGUGAGUCAGGAUGUGAAGAAUCUCGCGAGUGUCAGUGCGAUUUUAACGAGAAAUCCGAGUUUGCAGUGUCGGAAAAAGGAAAAUGCAGUCCGGGAGGAGAUUAGAGCAAUUGUGGGGCUCCUGGAGAGGUCUACGGGUAUAAACCAGGGGGAUAUUGUUAGAUGGUUCCGCUCAAAUGGGCAGAAUCUGCAGAAGGAGAGAGGUUCAGGGAGUUCUGGGAAUUCAGGGAAUUCCGGGAGUUCAGGAAGUGGUGGGAAUGAGGGCGAUGGCCCAAAGAAGGGGAAUGACAAUGAAGAAAAGAUGAUGUCAGUGUUGAUGAAGACAGCCCUGUGGAUAACGACGAUUUAUAUCUUUAUAACCGUGCUGACAAUGGCAGCUCCGGGGAGAGAUCGUCCGGAAACUGGAACCAGAUACGUGUCAUGGAAUGAAUUUGUACAUCAUAUGAUAGCUGCUGGGGAAGUUAAAGAGUUAAUUGUGCGCCCUGACCUCGAGAUGGUCACGAUAAUCCUCCACGAUGGGGCAAUUAUCAAGGGCAGAAGGGCGAUCAGUAAUGUGUUUCACAUGGCCAUUGCUGAUGCUGCCAAGUUUGAAGAGAAGCUCAGGGAUGUAGAGAAGCGUCUGGGGAUCAGGGAGGGAGUAACGGUGACAUUUGAUAGGAAUAGUGACUUGGGAGGGAGGCUUUUCUUCAUGUUUGUCGUGGCCAUGAUUGCCUUGUCUUUCCUGAGUCGAAUGCGCGGUGGGAAGUCUCCGAUUAGCAUGGAUUCCUUCACUCAGAUGGGCAGGGCAAAGUUCACCCUGAUAGAUCCGGUGAGUGAGGGGAAGGGAGUUCUCUUUAAAGAUGUUGCUGGGCUUCAGGAAGCCAAGCAGGAAGUGGCAGAAUUUGUGGAUUAUCUAAAGAAUCCGCAGAGAUAUCAAUCCCUGGGAGCCAAAGUGCCCAAGGGAGCGCUCCUUUUGGGGCCUCCGGGCUGUGGAAAAACCCUCCUGGCCAAGGCUGUGGCCACGGAAUCCCAAGUUCCCUUCCUCAGCAUGAACGGAUCCGAGUUUAUCGAGAUGAUUGGCGGUCUGGGGGCAGCUAGAGUCCGGGAUCUCUUCAAGGAGGGCAAGAAGCGUGCUCCCUGUAUCAUCUACAUCGAUGAGAUUGAUGCCAUUGGGCGUCAGAGAGCCGGAGCCGGAGGCAUGGGACAAUUCAGUUCCGGCGAAUCCGAUCAGACUCUCAAUCAGCUUCUGGUGGAAAUGGACGGAAUGGCAUCCAAGGAAGGUGUCCUCAUGCUCGCCUCCACCAAUCGAGCUGACAUCCUGGACAAGGCUCUCCUCCGACCCGGACGCUUUGACCGUCACAUUCUCAUUGACCUUCCAAAUCUCGCAGAAAGAAAAGACAUUUUCGAGAAGCAUCUGUCAGGCAUAAAACUCCAACAAUCCCCGGAAAAAUAUUCCCAUCGUCUCGCCACCCUGACUCCCGGAUUCUCCGGCGCUGACAUUGCCAAUGUCUGCAACGAGGCUGCCCUUCAUGCGGCCAGAACCAGCCAGAGCUUGGUCAUGGAGAAGGAUCUGGAGUACGCAGUGGAGAGACUCGUAGGCGGAACGGAGAAGAGAUCUCAUGCUCUCACUCCCACGGAACGCAGAGUCAUUGCCUUCCACGAAUCCGGUCAUGCUCUCGUCGGAUGGCUCCUGCCCAAUUCGGACGUCCUGCUGAAGGUGACCAUCGUGCCCAGGACGAGUCUGGCUCUGGGAUUUGCCCAGUACACUCCCAGUGAGCAGAAACUCUUCACGAGGGAGCAGCUCUUUGACAAGAUGUGCAUGGCUUUGGGCGGGAGGGUAGCUGAGCAUCUGAUCUUCAAGAGAAUCACAACAGGAGCGCAGAAUGAUCUUGAGAAAGUGACCAAGAUCGCCCAUGCGCAAAUCACGAAGUUCGGCAUGAACGACAAGAUUGGCCCGAUGUGCAUACCGGAGAAUGAAGAGGACAGCAUGUCAUCGGAAAAGCCCUAUUCUCGCAUGUUGGGCAACAUAAUUGAUGUGGAAGUGAGAAAUCUCGUCGCCAGUGCAUACAAAAAGACAGAGGAAAUUCUCACGGAGAAUCGGGACAAGUUGACGAAGUUGGCCGAGACGCUGCUGGAGAAGGAGACUCUCAAUUACGAUCAAGUUGUGGCUUUAAUUGGUCCUCCCAAGUACGAAAGUGCCAAGAGAACAAUUGAGCCGGUAGAAUUUGAGGAUUCACUAAAGAAUCUUUCAGCGACUGAGAAGUAAAACAAUUUUCUUAGGAAGAUUUUGAGGUUAUCAUUUGUACAUAGGCGCCAAAAAAUAAAGAUAGAUUAGUGCUGAAA